GGAUUGUUUCUGUUUUCAGACACUCCCCGACUGAUGUCUCGUAUUCUUUUCUAUCCCCAUUUGCGGGGUGUAUUGAAACGCUUGCCAGAACACUAUAAACGACGCUAUCUGGAAGCGCAUGGAACACAACCGGUUAACUAUCUUGAGAGCAGUCCGGCUCUGGUUGGUCGUACGAUCCGGAUGAAAAAUUUGGCACCUGGGGAAUAUUACGAUAUUCCACCGAAAGUAAUGUAUCCGCCCGAAUCCGAUCGUUGUUUGUGGGCUGGUGAAGGAAUUGUGGUCGGGAAUGCACAGAAAAAUCCGAUGAUUUCGCUGGGUUUUUUCGUUUUGAUCAAUCAUAAUCCGGCUUUCAGCUACCCAAGGUCUUGGAGACCAAAACUUUUGCAACAUCUGUUCUACAGUGAGAUUUUGGAUCGUUGGAUGAUCAUCAUUGUCACGGAUCGAGCUCUGCAGCUUAUCGAACAUUUCGGUGGUCUUGAUUCCUACAUUCUUUCAUCUUCCGAGGCUGAACUACACAGUCGCUUGGCUAUGCAUCUGAAACGGGAUAUGCUUCUCCGACUGGUCAGUGAUGAUUUCUACGCCACGGAUAGACAGAAACGAGAAACCCUGUUAGAGAAAUAUUCAAAAUUUAUUUUGCCGGAUUAUCCGUUUCUUUGUUUUGCGUCUCUCACUCCCCCGCGUCCCGUUCUCCUAUUCUCAUUCACACUCAUAUUUCCGGUUAUGCAACUUCAAGUUUGUUCUGGUAAGUGGACUUAUUUUGAUCGAAUCUUGACUGAUUUUGUGACCUUGAGUAACCGGGGCCGGGAAAUUCCCAUGCGGAGACAUGUGCAAAUAGGGAUUCAAAUUCGACUUGGUGCCCUCACUGUCUGUGCAACUGGCGGAUUGGUUCGAUGGUGA